CCCGGUGACGUCAUCACGCAGCGCCUGUCAAACUUGAGCUGGUUUGUUUUGAUCUCAGAGUGACAGCCGCUUCAGAGAACCGCUGUGUUUAGACCAAAACCGGGAACAACGGACCCGAUGAAGAUGCGCGUGCCCUCUCGUGCGCGCGCGUGUGUCGCGGCGCUGCUGCUGCUUGCGGUGCACGCGGCUUUCUCUCUAGACGUCAGACUACACGACGUCGAAGAUGAAGAUGAAGACGCGAUGUUUACGACGCCCGAAGGAGACGUGAGGGUCCGGGUGUCGGGUCGAGCGCUGGUUCCGGGUGUCCGAGCCCAGGACUGGAUCGCAUCUGCUCGGGUUCUGCUGGACGGAGACAAACACGUGGGCUUCCUCAGGUGCGCGUGCACGUCAGGACAAACGCGCGUGCAUGCCUAUGCAGUGAAUAUGUACCAGAGCAGUCCUGCUUCUUUCCGCAGAGAUGAUGGAAGUUUCACAGUCAGUGACGUUCCGUCCGGAUCCUAUGUUCUGGAAAUCUCCUCUCCGACCUACAGAUUCCAGCCUGUGCGUGUGGACAUCACCACCGCAGGGAAGAUGAGGGCUCGUGUGGUCAACUACAUCAAGACCUCAGAGGUGAUCCGACUGCCGUACCCGCUUCAGAUGCGCUGCAUCGGUCUGCAUUCAUACUUCAUCCCGCGGGAAACCUGGGGCUGGUCCGAUUUCCUCAUGAACCCGAUGGUUCUCAUGAUGGUUCUUCCUCUCCUCAUAAUCCUUCUUCUUCCUAAAAUCUUCAACCCCAGCGAUCCGGAGAUGAGACGGGAGAUGGAGCAGUCCAUGAACAUGCUGAACUCCAAUCAGGAGCUUCCAGACGUCUCGGAGCUCAUGACCAAGUUCUUCUCAUCCCCUAAAAGUCAAGGGAAGACAGGAGGCGGAGCUAGAGGCCAUAAGGGUGGAGCUCCAGGUGCAAGGGGCGGGGCUUCAAGGCGAAAAAUGAAAGAUUAAUGUGUCAAAUGCAGAAUAAAACAGAAGCUAAGAGCGUGAAAAUGCUUUUAUUACUCAUUACGUUCAAACUCUUUAGGUGUAUGUGCUGUGUUUAGUGAAGCUGAUUCUCGACUGGAUCAUUGAUUAUUCAAGCUGCUUCUGUUUCACAAUAAAACACAGUAACACUUUACAAUGUCUCACUAGUUAAUGUUAGUUCAUGCACUAACCAACAAGCAAUAUAUUUGUUACAGUGUUUAUUAAUCUUUGUGGGCAUUCGUCAAUAAAAAAAUAAAAAAAAAAGAAAGAAAGAAAGAAAGAAAACACACCUGUUCAUUAUUCAGGGUUUCUGCAGGUUUUAAAAAGUCUCAAUUCAUCCUUUCACAGAAUAAAGCCUUAAAAAUGAAAAAAAUGACAUGUAAAAAAAUAAGAAAAACACAGAGGAAGAACACCAGUUUUUGCAGUGUGAUAAGAAGGUACAGUAAAAGUUAUUUGAAAU